AUGCAUUUCUCUGCGACACUGCCGCUGGCGGCCAUCUUCGCCCUUGCUGAGGCUCAUGGCGUGAUUCUCGCCGCCCAGGGAGAGGCCGGCUCGCCGCCAUCCGUCGGGUUCCAAGUCCAGGAGAACAUUGCGAGGAACUGCACCACCAUCAGCCCCUGCCAGCUCGACGCAACCAUCAUCCGCGACGCCGAGGUUGCCGCCAACAUCGUCAACAAGUGCGGCCGCACCCAGCUGGCGGGCAACAUCGACAUUGGAGAGAACACCGAGAACGCCUUGUCCGCGGGUGCCGUAACCCAGGUGAAGGCCGGUAGCAAGAUUACCGUCACCAUCCACCAGGUCAACGCCGACGGCGCAGGCCCCUAUGUCUGCGACCUAGACGAGACGAGUAACUCGGGCCUCAUCAGCAAGAACCUUACCGUCACCAACAACGUCCCCGGCGUCAAUGGCCUGUCCCAGGCCAAGGCACAGGACUUCAACAUUACCGUUACAAUGCCAGACCAGCUGAGCUGCACCGGAGCGUCAACGGGCGACAUCUGCACUGUGCGGUGCCGGAACAACGCAGUGGCGGGGCCGUUUGGCGGCUGCUUCGCGGUGCAGCAGACAGACACGACGCCCAAGGUCAACACGCCCGAGAACAUUGCGACGGCGGACUCAGUGGACGCGGUCCUGUCGCAGGUGGCGGUGAACCUGCAGGACCUGCCCAAGGCCGUGAAGGCCAACCAGGACGCCGGCAGCUCCCAGGCCGAGCAGAACGCCGCCGCCGUCAAGGCCAUCCUCGGCGACAACGUCGUCACCAAGGACUUCCCCACCACCACCCCGGCCGUCGACCUCACCGGCGGCGCUGCGGCCGUUGCCACCACCACGUCGGCCGCCGCCGCUACCACUACGGCUGCGGCCGCCACCGGCAGGAGCGGCAGGAAGGGAAACAAGAACAACAACAACGCCAACAACAACGCCAACAACUAG